AAUCCAUCUGGUGGUUUGAAUGUCCCAUGUUUCUAUCUUCAUUACGGUUGGAUCAGAAGCAUCGAAAAAUUGAAUGGACAACUCUACAGAGCGGUUGGAUCGUGCUUCAACAAUAUGGAAGAAUUCACUGAGGAGUAUGGCGAUACGUACAUCACAGAUGAUUUCCUCGUAACUUCAUCUAAAGAACAUAAGUGUAUGACAGGAGUUGGAGUAACCAAUGGAUCAAUUGACUGUGAAUUAGGGGAUGCUAAGGUUAAAUGUCAGCCGAUUUUGGAUGCAGCACAUGGAAAGGGGCCUUUCGCAGCGUGUCAACCACUCGGCAACGAAACAAUUGAAAGGGAAUUCAACAAUUGCGCAUAUGAUGCGUAAAACUUAUCGUACGGAUUCGAUUUACUGCAUAUGAUUCCGAACGGAAUGAUAUGCAACUAA